AUGUAUACAAAGACGGUUCCAGUCUUCUGGGGAUGUUUCCUCCUGUGCAAUCUCUACAUCUCAUCUUCUCAGACCAUUUACCCUGGAAUCAAGGCAAGGGUUACUCAGCGGGCACUAGACUAUGGUGUUCAAGCUGGAAUGGACAUUAUUGAGCAAAUGGCAAUGGAAAAGAACAUCCCAGAUAUAAAAGGCUCUGAGUCUCUUGAAUUUCUAAAGGUUGAUUAUGUGAACUACAAUUUUUCAAACAUAAAAAUCAAUGCCUUUUCAUUUCCAAAUACUUCACUAGCCUUUGUGCCUGGAGUGGGAAUCAAAGUGCUGACCAACCACGGUACUGCCAACAUCAGCACAGACUGGGAAAUCAAGUCUCCGCUCUUUCAAGACACAGGAGGAGCUGAUCUGUUUCUCUCUGGGGUCUACUUUACCGGUAUCAUUAUCCUGAUCCGAAACGACUUUGGUCACCCAACCCUGAAGCUCCAAGACUGCUAUGCCCAAGUGAGCCAUGCCCACGUCUCAUUUUCUGGAGAACUCAGUGUCCUAUAUAAUUCUUUUGCUGAACCCAUGGAGAAACCCAUUUUAAGGAACUUAAAUGAAAUGCUCUGUCCCAUUGUCACCGGUGAGGUUGAAGCACUAAACGUCAAUCUCAGCACUCUGGAGGUUUUAACCAAGAUUGACAACUACACUCUGCUGGAUUAUUCCCUAAUCAGUUCUCCAGAAAUUACUGAGAACUACCUUGACCUGAAUUUGAAGGGUGUAUUCUACCCACUGGAAAACCUCACUGACCCCCCCUUCCCACCAGUUCCUUUUGUGCUCCCAGAACGCAGUGACUCUAUGCUCUACAUUGGAAUCUCCGAGUAUUUCUUUAAAUCUGCAUCCUUUGCUUAUUUCACAGCAGGGGCUUUCAAUGUCACUCUCUCCACCAAAGAGAUUUCCAAUCAUCUUGUUCAAAAUUCUCAAGGCCUUGGCAAUGUGCUCUCCCGGAUUGCGGAGAUCUAUAUCCUGUCCCGGCCCUUCAUGGUACGGAUUAUGGCCACGAAGCCUCCUGUGAUCACUUUACGACCAGGCAACUUCACCCUGGACAUCCCUGCCUCCGUCAUGAUGCUCACCCAGCCCAAGAAUUCGACUGUCGAAUCCAUUGUUUCCAUGGACUUUGUUGCUAGUACCAGUGUUGGCCUGGUUAUUUUGGGACAAAGACUGAUCUGCUCCUUGUCUCUGAACAGAUUCCGCCUCUCUUUGCCGGAGUCCAAUCGCAGCAAUAUUGAGGUCUUGAGAUUUGAGAAUAUUCUGUCCUCCAUUCUUCACUUUGGAGUCCUCCCACUGGCCAAUGCAAAAUUGCAGCAAGGAUUUUCUCUGCCCAACACACACAAUAUCUCAUUCGUCAACUCAGACAUUGAAGUUCUGGAGGAUUUCCUUUUGAUUUCUACCGACCUGAAGUAUGAAACAUCCUUAAAGCAACAGCCAAGUUUCCAUGGCUGGGAAGGUCUGAACCUGAUAAGUGGACAUUGGAGGGGGAAGCCAGGGAAGCCUUGAUUGCCUGUUUGCAAUCUACCCUAGGAAGUAAAUGGCCCUUAAUCCCACAGCUACUGAAAACCCAUAGGGGGAAGACAGUGCACACUGGAAUUUUAAAGCCCUUGUGAAUUGCUUAGACAGAAAGUUUUCUUUCACAAACCUAGAACGAGGCAGACCGGGAUAAAGGGCUGAGUACAGGUAUGUGCACCUCUGUAUGUGGAGGGGUGGAUAUUUGGAUGUGAGUAGAUGCAUGUUGUGUGUGCCUGUGUUUAUAAGAUGCUGGGGACAAGAGCUAGGCAUGUACUUCUGGCCAUAUUUGUAUUAAUUGUUAUCAGUGGAGAUCCCUUCGGCUCUCUACUUGGUUUUUUCCUUGCCUGCGUAUUGAAUUUUAUGUUUUAUAUUCACUGUUAC